UCUCUUCUCUGUUGCUCAAGUUAUUUUGUGUUAGUUGCAGUUUGGGCCUUGGCCUUGUAGUGCACCUGCUUUUUUGGGGGAGUGAGUGUUGGCGUUGUUUUACACCUUUUUUCUUCUUCUUUCAGAGGCUUUUUGGCACGUGCCCUGCCCCCAAAUCAAUUUUCCCUGUCUGUUUGGAGAAAUUCAGUUGAUUAAAAAAUAUAUAGGCUUUUGUGAACAAUGAGUACUUACAACGUGGCACUCACUGGACCUUCGCCCUGGGGCUUCCGGCUGCAAGGAGGCAAGGACUUCAACAUGCCCCUCACCGUCUCUAGGAUUACACCAGGAAGCAAGGCAGCCUCAAGCAACCUGAAUCAGGGUGACAUCAUUGUGGCCAUUGAUGGGGUCAGCACAGAGGGGAUGACACAUCUGGAGGCCCAAAACAAGAUCAAAUCUGCCAACUUCAAUCUGGCACUCACCAUGCAAAGAUCAAAGCGGCCCACCCCAGUUCCCAUGACAACACCAUGGAUCGACUCCCCUAUGCCUUUGAUCCCCCAUCAGAAGGUUAUUACCAACACUCCUGCCAACAAUGAGUACCUGUCCAGCUUCAACCCCAUAGCUCUGAAAGACACUGCUCUCUCCACCAACAAGCCCAUUGAGGUGAAGGGGCCUGGAGGCAAGGCCACCAUCAUUCAUGCCCAGUACAAUACUCCUAUCAGCAUGUACUCCCAGGAUGCUAUCAUGGAUGCCAUUGCUGGUCAGUCCCAGGCCAGGGGUAGCGAGCUGUCGGGUAAUCUGCCAGUUAAAGAUCAUGUUAUAGACAGUGCUUCCCCAGUGUAUCAGGCUGUCAACUCCAGUGAGACCAAUGAAAUGGAGCCCUCUGAUUGGGCCCACAGAGCCGCCCAGCUGCAGUCCAAGUCCUUUCACAUCCUCGCCCAUAUUACUGGAACUGAAUACAUGCAAGACCCUGAUGAGGAAGCUCUAAGAAGAUCAAGUAAUCCUGCCAAGCAUGCUCCAGUUUCCACCAGCCUUGCACCUAUUUGUCCGCCUGCUAUCGCUGCUUCGCCCAAUGAGCUCCUGUCGGAUCCACAGAUAGCCAAUCAGGCAACUGAGCAAACUCCGGUAGACAGCUUCAACUUGCAGACUUCAAUUGGUUACACUUCCCAGUAUAAAACCUCCAUCUCCAGUCCUUACGCCCAGCCUCCACCUAUGCAGCAGCCACCACCCAUGCAGCGGCCUCCACCUAUGCAACAGCCACCCAUGCAACACAGCUCCAUCCAGAUCCCUAUAGGUCCACCUCCUCCUAAAGUGGUCAGCACUGCCACCAUUGUGCCUACAGCCUACCCGGCUGCCCCAGCACCAGAUCCAACAAUGUUUCAUGCACCUGCUCCUGCCCCAGCUCCAGCUCCUUCCUCCAGCAGGCCUCCUUGGGUUACUGAUGAUAAUUUUGCCCAGAAAUUUGACAAAAGCAAAUCUACCACCACAAGUAUCAAAGUACAGGCUCUGCCCCAGGCUGCCCCACCACCACCAGCCUACAUCCCCAACCCCAUUCUUGCUCCAGCACCUGCUCCUGCUGCCCCAAGUCCUGCUUUCAACCCUGCCUCUUCUCCAUUUAGCCCUGCGCCAUUCCCACCCGUGGCUCGUGGUGUUGCUCAAAGGGCUGAGCGGUUUGCAGCCAGCAGCAGGACACCUCUGUGUGCAUCCUGCAACAACAUCAUCAGGGGACCAUUCCUGGUGGCAUUGGGUCGUUCCUGGCAUCCCGAGGAGUUCAACUGCCAUUACUGCCACACGUCUCUGGCUGAUGUCAGCUUUGUGGAGGAGCAGAAUAAUGUUUACUGUGAGAACUGCUAUGGAGAAUUCUUUGCACCUACCUGUGCCCGAUGCAGCACCAAGAUCAUGGGAGAAGUGAUGCAUGCACUGCGGCAGACCUGGCAUACUACUUGCUUUGUGUGUGCAGCUUGUGGAAAGCCAUUUGGAAACAGCCUCUUCCAUAUGGAGGAUGGGGAGCCCUAUUGUGAGAAAGAUUACAUUGCUCUCUUCAGCACAAAAUGCCAUGGCUGUGACUUCCCAGUUGAGGCAGGAGACAAAUUUAUCGAAGCUCUAGGCCAUACAUGGCAUGAUACUUGCUUUGUUUGUGCGGUGUGCCAUGUGAACUUGGAAGGACAACCUUUCUACUCCAAGAAGGACAAGCCCUUAUGCAAGAAGCAUGCACAUGCCAUCAAUGUGUAGAUCCCUUAACAGUACAACAGAAGCUGUCGGUGAAACAACUAAAUGCAGUUUAUAAAACAUUUGCAUUAGAGGUUCUAUAGCAAGGCAUCAGUGCCAAUCCAAAUGAAUAGAAAAUCUUACAUAAAAUGACACAUAAAAAUAAUAAUAAUAAUAAUAAUAAAAAUAAUAAUAAUAUAUAUAUAAUUUUUAAAUUAAACAUAUAGGUGUUUUAACAAAUGCACAUUUUUAAAUCCAAAUUAAAACCCAGUGUGCACAUAGAGGAUGAGUUAUUUAGUUAGUUAUCUUUAUUAUAAUAAAUGUAUUUUUUAUUACAAUAAAUGUGCACUUGUUUGCCUGAUAUACAUUAAUUUAAAUGAGAUAACAUCACUUUCACUUUUGGUGAAUUUAUACAACAUGACAUUUUUAUGAUGUUAGUGACUGAAACAUUGAUUUGAACUUCUUUGUUAGAAUUUGGUUAGAUUUUUAACCAAGUAACUAAUUAUUUAGUUAGAAUUGAAUAGGUUACACUGUACAUGGAUGAUGUUGUGUGUUUGCUGAAUAUUGUCUAGAGAUGUAUUUACUCAUGGCCAGGCAUAGUCUUGAGUUGAUGUCACGUCUCAGAUCAUUUAAAAAUCAAAAACAGAGCCUGAACAAAAAUCUAUGCAUUUUAUUACGCCUUAACCCCGAAAGGAAUCUUAAUCGUAUUUCUUUUAAUUGCAUUACAAGUUGUUUUCACAAAAUAUAACGAGGCCUAUUGCUCUUUUACUUCACACUGAAACAGGAUACCGGUGUAGUCUUUUUAAUGCUGAAUGAAUCAUUUAUAUGUGAUACAAAUCUUGUUCAUGUGUGAAAGGAAGCAAUUAAUGCAUUUGUGAUGUUAACAUUUUUCCAUUUGUCGAUUUAAAAACAAUUUAAGCAGGGCACCUGGUAACAUUGAAUUUGAAUAGUGAAUCAGUUCUUGCCCUCACAAUGUACAGUUUGCAAGACAUAACUAGCUGUUUAAUUUCCAGCCUGCAAAGCUGAACAGAGUACCUUAAACUGUUUCUCUUGGUCAUCGAUGUUAGCUGUUUUUUGUUCUGUUAUUUAUUGUGUCCAAAAACGUAAUAUUUAGGCUUUCUUUGCAAAUUGCACAGUGUUAUAAUUUGCACAGAUAAUUUACUUGUUUACUUUUCCAAGAAUGAGGGACUGACAUUUUAAUUUAAUUAAUAAUUGAAUCAACAAAAUAAGGUCAAUUUAACCACAUACACAGAAAAGAGAAAUUGGAUUCUUAAUGUUAUCCUAAAAAUUAUAACAAAUGUGGUAACCUAGACUUUGUUCUUUGUAUUCUCAGUUGGUAGAUGCUACCUAGCUGUGAGAUGCAACUUUAAGCUUACAGUUAAAGUUUUCCACAGACGUUUAACACCAGUUUUUUCAAAGUUUUUCAAAAUUUUAGCACAAUUAUACACACUUGUGUUUCCUUCAGGCUGUUUAACAUAAAGUAUUUUUGUUCUUGUUCUUUUGAACAAAAUUACUCCUGUUUGAUUGAGACAUGUUUUAUGAAUGUGUCACUGACGUGUCAACGUUAGUCAUUAUAUAUUCAUUGCCAUAUUUUGAAUUGUAUCUAACCUUGAACCUACCAGUUGAGAAGUGUUUUUAGGAUUAAAGUUUUCAGGUUGAUACAAUAGGUUUAUUAGUUAAAAAUAUGAUUGAAAUAAACAACAGUUUGGCAUGUGAAAUGCCUCUCUUACUGUAAAUUGAAUAAAUAAUAUUUAUGGUACAUGAGUAAGUUACAGUAUGUGAGCAUUUAUAGCAGCUUUGGGUUCAGGUGUAUGGAAUUACAGUAUCAUUUUAAUAUACUGGUGUAUGUAUUUAAUAUACAUCUAUAACUAUGUAUUUUCAUUGUGUGAUUGUGAAAUGUAACGCUAUUGAAUGUCAAGCAGUCACUUUUCACAAAAUGUAAAAUCAUCCACCAUUUUCACUUGUGAAUUUAAAGUGAAAGCAUUCAAGCAUCCAGUUACAGAGGCAUAAACUUUUUCUUGAAUUUGCAGAUUAUUUGUGUUGAAGUAAGAAAAAACACCAUUAAAGGAAUAUUUCACCCAAAAAUGAAAAUUAUCUUAUCAUUUACUCACCCUCAUGCCAUCCCAGGUAUGUAUUAUUUUCUUCUGCUAAACACAAUUUUUUUUAGAAGACUAUUUCAGCUCUGUAGGUCCUCAUAAUGCAAGUGAAUGGUGACCAUUAAGCAUAAAAGUAAUCCAUAAGACUCCAGUGGUUAAAUCUAUAUCUUCAGAAGCGAUAUGAUAGCUGUGGGUGAGAAACAGAUCAAUAAUAAAGUCCGUUUUACUAUCAAUUUCCACUUUCAAAUUUCUUCUUUUGUUUUUGGUGAUUCACAUUCUUUGUGCAUAUCGCCACCUACUGGGCAGGGAGGAGAUUUUAUAGUUAAAAAAAAAGCACUAAGAAAAAAGUAAUAUUGAUCUGUUUCUCACCCACACCUAUCAUAUCGCUUCUGAAGAUAUCGAUUUAACCACUGGAGUUUUUUGGAUUACUUUUAUUCUGCCUUUUCACUUGCGUUUUGGAGGACCUAUAAAGCUGAGAUAUCCUUCUAAAAAUCUUUGUCUGUGUUCAGCAGAAGACAAAGUCAUACACAUCUGGGAUGGCAUGAGGGUAAGUAAAUGAUGAGAGAAUUUUGCUUUUUGGGUGAACUAUCCCUUUAAGAAUCAUGUGAACACAUGGGUGCAGAGUUAUCACAUAGCACACAUUUAUAAAGUUUUUGUUGUUGUUGUUUUUACUUAAAGUGUCUUUAAUGCAAUUUUCUUCUGUUGAAUACUGCAGAUUCUUUCUUUUGGUAUUUUAUGAAGGGGAGUAAAAAAUGGUUAAAACUGAGAUGUGGUGUGGAUACUUCAAUGUCCAAAUAAUAACUUGUAUUUGUAUUUGAACAUGACAAGUAUAAAAUAUGAAGUUGCUUUAUACAAACUGUUAAAACAAUUGCUCAUAACUUAAAUAUUUUGUGAUUAAAUGUUAUAUCACUUUA